ACCUCUGGGUGUGAUUUCAACUUACCUGGAGCAUGCAGCAGUGAAGUAUUCUAAAAUUCCAAAGGCUGACAUUGUGUUGUAUUCUGUAGACCCAAUUUCUGGUUUCCAAUUAUGACAGACAGCUAUGAAUAUUACGAAGAAAACAUCACACUUCCCAUUCAACUUGCUGUAACAUUUUGUGAGAAUACCGAAGUUGAUGAUUUCAAAGGGGUUUUUAUGCCCUGUUUUUAUUCAGUUGUAUUUGUGACAGGGCUGCUGGGGAAUUCCCUGGUCAUUGUGACAUAUGUUUACUAUGAGAAGCUGAAGACCGUGACAGAUGUCUACAUGAUGAAUCUGGCGAUUGCUGACUUGCUCUUUCUCUGCACCCUGCCAUUCUGGGCAGUUGACGCAUACACUGAAUGGAUUUUUGGAACUUUUAUGUGCAAAAUUGUGAACGGGGCAUACACUGUCAACUUCUACAGUUGUAUGUUAAUACUGACCCAUGUAAGUGUGAACAGGUACAAAGCCAUUGUUCAAGCAACAAAAAUGCUCAACAAUAAAAAUAAAAAAGAGCACAGUAUGUUCAUUUGUGUAGGGGUUUGGGUAUUUACACUCAUUUUGACUCUUCCAGAAUUCAUAUUAAGUGAAGCAUAUACUGAUAUGUCUGAUAAAACUAUCUGCAUUAUGAUGUAUCCUCCCAAAUCAGGCAACAUAAUCAAAGUGGGAGUGCAUAUAACACAGAUGGUAGUGGGAUUUCUGAUACCCUUUGUGGCCAUGAGCCUUUGCUACUCAAUCAUUGCAAAAACUCUGCUCCAAGCUAAGGGGUUUCAGAAGCAUAAAUCAUUAAAGAUUAUCAUUGCAGUUGUAGUUGCAUUUGUGUUUUGUGAACUGCCAUUCAACAUUGUCUUGUUAAUUAAAACUCUACAGAUCAUCAAGCAAGAAAUCUCUAGUUGUGAAUACACUGCAAAUGUAGACUAUGCAAUUAUUGUAACAGAGAGUAUUGCAUUUGUACAUUGCUGUCUCAAUCCUAUUCUUUAUGUAUUUCUUGGAGUGAAGUUUAGAAAUAGCUUUCUGAAGAUUUUAAAAGAUGUUGGAUGUAUCAGUCAAAAACAAUUGGAUGGGUAUCUGAAAACUGAGUGUGAGACAUCACGUCCUGUGUCGGGUAUAUCUGAAACAACAACUAUGUAUCCUCUAUAAAAUAAUAAAGAUAUAUAAGAAUGCAUAAUAGUAAAUUAAAUAAGUGUAAACUGAUGAAACAGCAUAAAUUGUUGUUUUUACCCAUUUUUUCCUGAUUUUCUCUGAUUCACUGCUGUGUUAUACCAAAAUUAACCUAGCUGGUUCAAGUUCAAUUCUAUGGUGUACAUAUUUAUUUCUUAUUAUCUGUGUGUAUAAAAUGUUGUUUAAUUUGUUUAAGCACAAAUAUAUAUUUCUGUAAUAAAAUACUCAACAAGA